AUGAUACCGGGACAUGGUGGCUCUCAAACCUCAUAUCCAGAUUUCGCACUAUGCAUAUACCUGCACACCGUGUACGACGAUAGACGGGAUAAAACGCAACGAAAUAUUUCGAGCCGUAUGGAUGAGGUCUCUAAAGUCAUAUUGCACGAAGUUCCUAGUGUCAAGCUACUGGAGACGUACACAGAAGUGUCUGUGAAUAUCAUCUCUGCGCCUGAUUACUUGGCUACCGGAUACGAUGAACAGGUUUUAGCUUUUGACAACCGCUACACCAUCUUUGUCGAGCUCAAGGUCAAUUCGAGCACGGGAUAUGGAGAAAGUGUUUCCUUUGUCUAUGGGCGGCAUGGUAUGCUCGGGGGGAAAACAGAGCAGCCGUACCGCCAGGAUUGUGUCUAUAUUCCCCGGGAAUCUAAAAAGGCAUGCGGCGGCUCGCAGAUCCCCAGCCUUUCCUACUCCUCAUCCAAGAGUUCCAAGCCUCGACUUAAAGCGAUGCAGAAAUCUACAUGGGAUUCCACCAGAUGUUUGCGAUCCGACGAAGAAAUCGCAGCCUCCGACUUUGAAGAUUCAGAGUAUGAAGUCGGGUUGGUCGGUUUUCCAAUCAGCACGAUCCUCGAUUGGCCUAUGGGCACACCCGCAGGCUUCACCACGUUCGUCAGCCCCAAGGUGGACGCCCAGUUCAAAAAGAUGUUCGACGUCUGGGAAUCUUUCCUCACCCCCUCCGUCCUCACCACCGACAAGACUGGGUGGUUUGGUCCGGCUGGGAGUGCCGUCAUUCUGACCUUCACAACGACAUACGUUGUGAUCCCUCAGCGUAGUACUACGGAUUCAAAUCCUGGGACGACUUCUUCAUCAGACAGUUCCAGCCUGGCGCGCUCGAUGACUUCUGGCAUAAAGGCGAACUGUACUCGCUUAACCACAUGGCUCAAUAACGACCCUCUUGCUCCCCAGUUCGUUGGCAGGACCGUUUAUCAGGCUUUCCUGAGCGCUAUAAAGUACCACCGCUGGCACAGUCCAGUGAACGGCACGGUUGUGAAGACGGUUAUGAUUCCAGGCACAUACUACGCCGAAUCUUCCGCUAUGGGAUUCCCGAACCCCGACCCUGGUGUUCAGAAUCUCUCGCAAGGCAUCGGCUUGAUGUGCUUCAUAGCUGUGGGAAUGGCGACGUACGAGAUCCCCGUUAGUGAAGGCCAGAAGAUCGCAAAGGCCGUCGAGAUGGGGAUGUUCCAUUUUGGAGGAUCUUCACAUUGUCUGCUCUUCCGGCCUGAGACGAAUAUUAUUUUUAGUCCGGAUUAUCCUGGUAAUUCGGAUGUUCCGCUCAGCACUGCUCUUGUGAUUGUUGCUUGA